AUGUGUUUUUAUUGCGGGGAGGAUUUGCCAGAGUACGAGGAACUAAGAAAGCAUACGAAAGCGCACGGCUCGUGUUCUGAAACUGAUCGAGCGAUUAAACUCGUUAAAGCUGGCGAUGCUGAAGUUAAAAUCGAUGUAUCGAACAUAGCUUGUGAAUUAUGCGAAGACACGUUUAACAAUUUUGAUGAAAUAGUUGAUCAUUUGUAUACUAAACAUGGACUGUCAUAUGAUAGAAAGGUGCGUUUAGAAAUAACGAAAUACCGGCUCGCAGAUCUCAAGUGUUUACUUUGUGAUCAACAAUUUAGCUACUUCAAUAAAUUAGUGAUUCACGUAAAUAAUUGUCAUCCGAAUCAAUGCUUGUUAUGUCAUGAAUGUGAUCAGAAGUUCAAUAAAAGACGGGACUUAGAUGCACAUAUUAGAUCUCAUCAUAAAAAAGAUUACACUUGCUUAAAGUGUCCCAUAACGUUCAAAUCUAAUUACGAGCUACAGACUCAUAAAAUGAACGCUCACGCGUCCUCGUGUAAUAUUUGUUUCAGACAGUUCUCUUCAGCAAACAAAAGGUUAAAACAUAUGAAGGUAGAUCAUGUCUCUGAUGCUUUACAGUGUGGAUUCUGCCUUAAAGUUAUGACUACAAAGCAGGGUUUCCUGCGACACGCAACAACUUGUCCACGUAUUGUUGAUGGCGUUAGAAUAUCCGAUCCCAUUUUAGUAGAUGACAAAGAAAAGAAACCUUCAGUUAAGCAAAUACGAAAUGAUUUAGCUUGCAUCCUAAAUAUGUCUACAGCUAUGCCUUUUAAACAUUACAUGAGUAGAUUUAGAUGUUUCUAUUGUUCCAAAGAUUUCACGGAUUGCGAUGAUCUAAAGCAACACACUGUUAUGGAGCAUCCUCUCUGUGAUAUCGGAUUAAAGGCUAUGAAACUACGGAAUAGGGAAGAGGGUCGUAUUAAAAUUGAUACGUCCAAACUGUCCUGCAAAGUCUGCUAUGAAGCUUUGCUCGAUUUAAAUCAUUUAAUAAACCAUCUAACAACAGAACACAAAGCUAAUAUAGAUAAAACUGUUGAUAACCAAUUGCAGCCGUACAAACUUACGAAGGAUAACUUUGCUUGUCCUAUAUGCGGGGAGGUCUAUAGAUAUUUUGCGAUGCUAUUGAAACAUGUUAGUGUUACGCAUACGGACAACAAAAAUGUCUGCUCUUAUUGCGGUAAAUGCUUUAGGUCCCAUCCAAAUCUUCGUGCUCACGUAUCGCGGCGACACAGAGCCGCGGCGUUUAGAUGUGAGCAUUGCAACUCGGAAUUUAUCUCUAAUAAUCACCUGCGAACGCAUUUGGGCAAAGCACACGGCACCAAAGUGGUGCAAUGUUUGGAGUGCAAAGAGCGAUUCACGUCGCGCUAUUUCAUGCAGAGGCAUUUGAUAAAUUCGCAUCAAUCUGGUCAUAAAUGUUCUUACUGCGGCAAAUUAUUCAUUAGGAAUUCAUUUAUGGUUAAUCAUAUAAGGCGGACGCAUUUUAAAGAGAAGAAUGUCGAAUGUUCCUUGUGUCGCGAAAGGUUUUUUGAUGCGCAACGCUUAAAAAUGCACAUGGUAAAACAUUAUGGGGAACGGAAUUUCCAUUGCGAUGUUUGUGGAAAGAAAUUUCUUUGGAAGAAAAACCUGAGAGAUGAAAUUCCGCAAGGGCCGUACGAGAACUGUACCUCUGAGAGAAGGAGGAAAAACUUGCAAAUUCUUUUCAACAAUACAACUAUUUUGCCGUUCAAGUGGCGAGGAAGGUGCCUCUGUUUUUAUUGCGGAAAGAGUUACACGGAGUAUACGGAUUUGCGGAAACACACCCAAUCACACGGCCCUUGCACCACGAAAGACUAUUCAUUGAAACUAAUAAAAGGAAAUCACAUUGAAAUUAAAAUCGAUGUAUCGGAUAUCACGUGUGAAAUUUGCAAUGAACCUUUCACUACAUUCGACGAAAUAAUCGAUCAUUUAAUCGGAAAACACAACAUGGACUACGAUAAAAGUAUAGACACGCCUCUUCAAGAAUACAGACUUGCGGAUUUCCGUUGUCUAUUUUGCGACCAACAGUUUACUUACUUCGGAUAUUUGGUGAAUCAUGUGAACAACGUUCAUCCGCAAAAUAAUUAUGUUUGUAAUGAUUGCGGUGUGAGUUUCAAUAAGAAAAGAGAUUUGGCGUUGCAUAUACGACAUAACCAUCGCCAAGGAGGAUACUCUUGUCCAGAAUGCCCACAGAGUUUCGAAUCUCAUGGCCUUCUUCGUAAACAUCAAAACGAUUUCCAUUUCAGGAAAUGUAAACGUUGUGGUAUGAACUUUGCUUCCUAUAGUCUACUAUUGAAACAUUUACAAUGUGAUCAUCCAGAUGACGCCAGCGCCAAAUGUCCGCAUUGUUCCAAACAAUGCCACUCGUCUCAAGGUUUAAAACAACACAUAAAUAAGUGUAAAGUUAAUAUGCUUGUACAAAUAGAUCAGCCUGUAGAUAACCUUACCGUCGACAAUAUGCUGCAACCGAAAAAGAAACAAAAUGUCUUACAAAUACGACAGAAUAUUCAGUGCGUUCUGAACAUGUCUACAGCGUUACCGUUUAAGUUUUUCGCGAAAUAUUACUGUUUUUAUUGCUCGAAGAAAUUCGUUGAAUUUGACGAACUAAGGGAACACACUUUACUAGAACAUCCUGUAUGCGAUUUAAAAUCAAAAAGCUUGAAGAAAUGUAAAGGAGAUAGAAUAACCGUAAAAGUAGAUAUAACAAAACUGAGCUGUAAAAUUUGCGGCCAGCCUAUGGAUAAUUUAGACAUUCUAAUAGAUCACUUAGUCUCACAACAUGACGCCAACUACGACAAAUCCGUAACGGGCUGUCUAGAGCCUUACAGGGUGAUAAAAGACAACAUGCCGUGCCCGAUCUGCCCAAAUCGCGUGUUCAGAUACUUUGGAAUUCUACUUAGACAUAUAAACUCGGAGCACAGUAACAACAACAGAAUCUGCGAUUUUUGCGGCCGCAGUUUUAAGAAUGUGACAAAUCUAAAGGUGCAUAUUACUUACGCACACACCGGCGCCUGCGAAUGCGACAUUUGCGGCACGAAGUACAAGAAUCAGUGGUGUUUGAACCGGCACAAAGCCAAAAGCCACAACGCGAAAGAUUACAAAUGCCCGAAAUGCCCAGAGUGUUUCCAGUCAGAGUACCACAAGCAAAAACAUUUGAUCAAAGUCCACGACAUUGGUCACAAGUGUACGUACUGCGGGAAAAUGUUCACUAGAAACUCGUUCAUGAAGGACCAUAUACGUAGGACGCAUCUGAAGGAGAAGAAUGUGAUCUGUUCGGUCUGUAACGAGAGAUUCUUCGACAACUACCUGCUGAGAAUGCAUAUGGUGAAGCACGAGGGCGAGCGGAAGUUCAGCUGUGAAGUUUGCGGCAAAGCGUUUCUUAGGAGGAGCAACCUCAGUUCGCACAAGGAAAUGCAUAAGAAGUAUGGACAUUUACAGCCGUAA